GUUAUUUUUGUAGUAAAUCGUUCUCAAGCAAUGACAGGUAAAACACCUGCUUCGUUUUGAUAACCUUUAGACAUGCGUGGACAUUUCAAGCUCUCUCACAACCUCUAGGACGCGACUCAUGCUCAGGAAUGAACAGGCAAGCUCUUUGAUUUAUCAUUGAAGACUGACUACUCUUUCAUCAUGUUCAGUGACCACUCAAGCGAACCAUCUGGUUUUUCCUCCACCAUAACAACCGAUAAAGAAGAGUCAUCAAAUGCUGCUCAAACAGAUGAUAUCCCUCAUAACUCAAAGGAGAGCCAGAUCAUUACUCACCAAAGUGUCCAGACACAAACUGUAGAAAUUCCCAAGGCAGUUACGAGCAUCGAUUACGAUAAACUUGCAGAAUUUUUGAGAAGGGUGACACCAGGAAUCCUGGAGGCACUGGAUGACGUAUCCGAGAGCGAUGUCCUCGAUGAUUAUGACCCAGUUGCGACUAGAGAGCUUGCAUUUAAAGUUCAAUUGUUGAAUAAAUUUUCUACUCUAGAAGAAUCAGAUUCUAAGAAAAAAAUAAGCGCCUUGAGCUGGAGCACAAAUGGAGGAACCCUAGCCAUUGCCUAUAGUGUUCCCUACCACGAAAAAUGGUGUGACCAUCUGUCUGAAAUAAAAUUCUACGAGCUCAACCAGGAUGACGAUCUAUCACAAACAGUGAAUAAACACCUGGAGACAAAUGCUUGUGUUACUGCCAUGUCAUAUCACCCAACGAAGCCCUCCAUCUUCGCUGCCGGAUUUUUUAAUGGGGAUGUUGCCCUUUGGAAUUUGGCAGACAGUGAUUUAGUUGUUCCACUAGUUGUCUGCAUCCACGGUGACAUGGUAACCUCACUCCUGUGGCGUGAAAGAACCAUAAAUGAACCGCAUUUGUUGGUGACAUCCAGUGCUGAUGGCUACAUCUUCGUUCAUAAAUUAACGGCCAAUUUUACCACAGCUGCCUUACACAAUCGGUACAAAAUAGUUAAAGAACGUAAUCCUACAGAAAAUACGAGACCCCGCAGUGCGGGUGGACGUAAAGAACGUGCAGCUGAAGCCGGUCUAGCCAUUACGUGUCUCGAUUUCUCACUGAAAAAUUCAAUAUUCGUGGUUGGAACGCUGUGUGGGGGGUUGUAUAAAUGCACCCUGGAUUCCUCCACCCCUGUCCAAGGUGACGAUACUUUAAUCGACCCUGUGAUCGAUGAAUACGAGAGGUAUGAAGGUAGUGUCACAGCUUUGCGGUGCUCACAGACGAGUAAUUUAUUCGUGUCCAGUGGAACUAAUAUGGGGUUGAGGGUGUACGACGUAGAUCAAAGUUCCGUCGUUCGAGUCAUCGCUGUAGAACACACAGUCGUUGGACUGAAAUGGUUUUCAUGGGGAAAAGAAAUAAUCUCCGCUCAUGGGGCGAAUUCUUCAGUUGACUUUUAUGAUAUUCACAAUGGAAGAGCUGUUAUUAAUUUAAAGCUGGCGUCUGCAUGUGAAAAUAUUGCUGCUCUUGAUUUUAACAAAAAAAGAGAUAUAGCUGCUCUUGCUGACACUCAUGGAAACCUGGAAGUAUGGAAAAUUCCAAAGCAAGUGGUUCCACAGUGACAAAAAUAUAAGAUACAAAUGACUCAGAAUACUCUCACCGAUAUCGCCUCUGGUUACCUACUCUCCCAUUCAGUGAAAGUCGGCCAUGAAAUCUCUUAAACCCAUGAGGAUAACGCACGACCUUUUUUAUACAAAAAUAUUGUUUCGUAAAUAUUUUAAAAAUUCAGGAAAUAAAUUUUAAUUUCUUACCCA